CAGGAUUCCAAGUUAGUCUCCAAUUUUUUCAAUAUUUUAUUUGCAUUGGUCACCGUGAGUGGCAAGAAAGCAUGUAUGGACCUCUGUACUAGCGCUGCAUAGUGACAGUUUCUAGCACAGCCCAGCCUAAACAGGCGCCACACCCAACACCUGUCUCUGGUGCUACUCUAGGCUGGCCCAGGUCCCCAAUCAAGGUGGAGUACCGGUCUCAUGACGCAUUAGCUCAACGCCUACCAGCCAUUCUGUAGCCGCCCAUCUGUUCUAUGACCAUCACGCUCCUCAACAGAGUCGACAUUGCUAAUAAGUCCGCCUUUCGACGACUAUAGACGACCGAAGAGCACACAGAAGCCGUUCGACAUGAAGUUUGCUGCUGUCCUCGCCGGCACUACGGCCCUGCUGUCGCCGACUGCCGCUGCGUUGAGCCUCUUUGACCUCAAGGGCAGCCAGGUCACCAUUUCUGACGACGACAACAAAAUCCCUGGCGAGUCGCCCCUAGAGCUCUGCGACGGCGACCAUUCCGACGACCUCAUCGUUAUUAAGAACGUCGACCUCUCUCCCAACCCUCCCAAAGCCGGCAAGGAGCUUCUCAUCACAGCCAGCGGCACCAUCAAAGAAACUAUCAGCGACGGAGCAUAUGUUAAAAUUAGCGUCAAAUAUGGCCUUAUCAAGCUCCUGACAACAACGGCGAGCCUCUGCGAGCAGAUUGCCAACGUCGAUCUCGAAUGCCCCUUGGAGCCUGGAGACAAGGACAUUGUAAAGACGGUUGACCUUCCCGCUGAAAUCCCUCCUGGCAAAUACACGGUGCAGGCAGAUGUGUUCACCAAGGAUGACAAACCUAUUACCUGCCUCACAGCAACCGUCAACUUUACCUUUGGUGGCCGAUCAGAGUCUGAGCCCGAAGAACUUCGUUAAGCUGCUAUCUGAUUAUACUUGUUUCCUUGUACCACAUGUUGAUGUAUAGCGAUAAAUGAAUGGUGAUUAGCAUAGACUUUUGGCAUGUUGCAUAUCAGACAAAUACACGGUUGUUUUAAAAGACACUCGCUGAUAUUCCGGCAAAGUGAGUCACUCUAGAAGAUGUUUAAUCCAUUGCAGAAAAAUAUGAUGAAUUUAUAAAGUAUUGAUAAACAGUCGUUCGCCGUGGCAGCAAACGUAAAUUCUAUUCGCCGAAAAACAAAUGCCCGCACCCAAAUGCCAUCCAUCCUUGGCCAGCCACAAAAAGAAGACAUAUAUCAAGCGUUUAUUCUCCAAACAGUCUUCGUACUCUUCUCAAUACGCUGUCCUUCUCAGGGUCAUAUGGGUGGUCUUUGCUGGGGAUUUCGAGAACGGCUGGGAAGGCAGCAGUGUAUGUAUCGAUUCGGUGUCGUAUUCUGUCCGCAACCUGGUCAACUCGUUAGCAACGUUAUAAAGCAAAUACAGUAUCGGAAUAUCGUCUCCCUACGUGUUGGUUAAUAAGAACGAUGCCGAUAUCCUUGCGUUCUUCUGUGAAUUGAUCAAAGGCAGACUCGAUGGCAGCGGUGUCCGUCUUGCCAUCCACAACGAGGAAGUUCUUUUGAGCGUCGGCGCCGGCGGAGACGUGCUGUAAAUAGGCAGUCAAUAAGCUAGUCUUUAGUAAUCCGUAUACCAUUUUAUACUCACGCCGAUGCCAGCAAGCAGCAAUCCUGUUACGGAGUCCUAGCAAAGCGUCAGUUUCUCUUCUCGUUUUUGCCAGCUUUGUUGGGCGUGCAGCGUACCUCAUCGCCAAUUACGGCGAGGAACUGUCUAUCUUUGAAAUCUGCUUGCGAUGCCAUACUUAAAUGUACCUCAGACACCCUCUGUGUCUCUGCGAUCGUAGAUGUAACAGCUUGGUUUGGAGUAGGAUGCG